AUUGUAUGCAAUCAUAGACGGUUGUUUUUUUGCAGGGGGCGACUACACGCAACAGCAGCAGCGGUGUGGUUGUUGUACAGAUUUACCUGUUUGACCGGUCGUCAUGGGAUGUGGCUUCAACCAUUGGUAGCUGAGCGGGAAUGGGUGUUUGAGAUGAGUUAAUGAUGGCAGCUAAAAAGAUAAAACAUGAACAGUUGUCUCCCUCUGAUCUGCCUCUUAUACCAGCAAGCACCUCUCAGAUGAGCCAGCCGUUCGGUUUUCCUUUAGUGGGUGUGUCAGGGUUGGGUGGUGGUAUGCCGAUAGCAAUGCUUGGCCAGUCUUUGCUGAUUCCCCAAGCUGAACCUCAGACUCCGCUACAGACUGAACAAAUGUUGCUUUUGCCGACAUCGUCUCAUUCUGCCUCUGGGAGUACUGGCCUGAUCACAUCACCGCACAUUGAUUCCAAACUUCAACCGUCUCCUUUAGUUCAACCUUCUCCAUUUUUGUUUAACAGCACUGCAUUACCUCUUGUCUUGAACCCACCGGUACUGCCUUUACCCUCAGCUGAUUCAUCUCCAUCACUACUCACUCAAGCCUCACAACGUGAUGUUGACCCUUUAAACUUGAAAUUGUCACGUGCAAAUGAAAACCUUGCAAGGGGUUCUGGUGUAAAUGCUGCUUCUAAAAGGAAGUUAACUACAUUGCAGUCUGCUAUGUUCACUGAGAGUAAAUCAAAAGAGGAAGAGGAUGUUGGUAGUGAGGGCAACAAAAUGUUUGCACAUAAUAAUGGAACACUCUCGGGCAGUCCUGCGACGAGUGUGGGAAAGCCUGAAGUUUCUGGAGCAGCCCCUGCAGCCCUGAGCAACAUAGAUCUCUCAAAAAUCAUUUCUAGUUUGCCAUCGGGCUGGAAGGUGGUGGGUCUCACUGGUCUCAAUGGAAAUAAUGAUGCUGUCCCAGUCCCGACAAAGAAUGAGCAAUGCGGCACUUUGUCAGCGGACCGCGAGUCUGAGAAACGGUUGCCUGCUCCGUCGGACAGCGGUCAAGACCAGCCUGGUGUGGUGUCGGUUAAUUUGAACAAUUCUUUUCCUCCAUUUAAAUCUUCUACCUUAAUGAAAAAUAUUGUGGGCUCUGAGUUAAAAUUCUCUCUCCAGAUGGAUAACAUUCCAUGCUCUCGAGAAAUUACCGUCAAAGCAGAAUAUGAGAAUGGGGAUGAAGAUCUGGAAGCAAAAAACAGUGCAUGUUUACCAAAAGGGACUUUGCCUCAGACUUUUGGAGCUUUAGAUCAACAGUGGACCAUUGUAGGUAUUACAUCCAUAUCGACAUCAUUAGUGAGUACUUCUGUUGUAAACACCAUGGCAAUGUCAAACUCAUCCACAUCCACGUCUACUUCACACAGUGCUGCUUGUAAUGAAGGGGCCAAGGGGAAUUUAACAGGGUUGUCAAUUCCAAGUGCAAGUUCUUCAGAUCCUCUUAACUUUCAAGUACCAUUGAAUAAAAGUACUUUUCUGCCAUCUGGUGGCCUGUCGAGACAUGAGAACUUGCAUGUGUUGAAGCCAGGCAGUAGUAAUAAACCUGAACAUGGUAUGGCCACAGCCGGGAAGCAGGAGGAGAUGAAGUGGACAGUGGUCGGUGUCACAAACACCAUCCCGACCUCCAAUGUCUCCGCAGCUGCCCAGCUGUCAGCCACAGAUCAGGGUUAUGGGAAUAUCGCAUCCCAAGCAGCAACGUUAUCGUCCAACAAAACAUCACCGUUUCUCUCUAUGAUAGGGGGUACAGCUUUAGCGUUACCUGUUCCACAUAAGUCUGAAGAGACUUCAAACAGCAGUAAGGGUCUUAGCUCUGGAGAAACUGCCCAGCCAGAUGAAUCAAAAUGUCUGAAAAGCCCAGCGCUGCCUAAGGUUUCAGAUAAAACGCCUCCCCCCAAAAUAUCUGACCAAUUGGGCACAGUUCAAAUAAAACGCGAGAUGUCCGACAGUGAGUCAAGUUCAGGGGCUGAGGAAGUGAAUAGACAAAAACCUCAAAUCUCAGUGGAAAAACUGCCCGUUGAUAUUGCUGACAAUGCUGUUAUAUCAAAUGAACGUGGAGCAGGUGUAGGAGAAAAAAGUGAAUGGAAAGUGGUAGGCAUCACUCCACUAGGCUCCACGCCAUCUCUGAGUCCUAUUUUGACACAGCCCAAAGCACCUUUUCUCCCCCAGUUGCCGUCACUAGCGCCCAGCGGCCUGCUGUCACCUGUGAGUGCUAUGACUGCCACAUCCACAGCCUCCACAUCCACUUCAGUGCCCUCAUUUAGCCAGCCAGGCUCUGAGGCUCAUCAACCAUCCUCUACGCAGCAGCUUCCUUUUUGCAACAUGUCUAGUAUAGGACUACCACUGUCGCCCCUCAGUGCGGCAGUUCCAACAGUUGGCAGCCAUAUUGCGCAGCAGACGCUUCUACAGAUGAUUCAGAGUCAGUUUUUGAGCCCCAGUAAUCCAGCUCUGAUGGAUCCACAGAGUCAGUGGAAUGUCGUUGGGGUGCUGGCCAACAAUCAGGUGUCGUUGGUCAAUUCUGCAAAGAAUGACAGUGCCGUGUCGAGUAACAGUGCCGUGUCGAGUAACAGUGACAGCUCGUGUGGCACCAGCGCUGUCUCAGAAUCUGGGCAUCUGAGGGGGAUCUCACAUAAUUCCAAAGCAAUUGGGGAGAACAAGAUAUCCUCGAGCUUUCUGGAGCCGAAACGCGUCAGGGGGAGAUGGAAAACCUUGAAGCGGACCUCCGAGUGGAGACUUCAUCAGUUUAAAUGCAAAGACCUUGUCGGCAAGUGUUCUGGUAGCAAAAUGAAAAAAAACACUGUGUCAAAUUUGUUGAUGAUGAAAAGAAUGCAGAGGGGAGGAAUUGAGAGUGAUGAAGAAGGUGUGCAUUCCUACCCGGGAGAUGUCAGCUGCCCCAGUGAAGGAGAUUUAAGUUCAAGGUUGUAUGAGGAGCCUUCAGAGAUACUUGGGAGAAAAUCAAAACAGAGGUCACUUCGUUCGUAUGCUGGAAACAGAAAGGUGUUCAGUAGACCGUCCCACCAUGAAAUAGAGAAAAUUAAUUUGAGAAGCGGCACACAGCUUCCUGUCCUAAAUUAUAAGUCAGACGAUGAUAUGGAGGAGGAGGCGUCUGCAGGUACUCUUGCUUACGAUAACAUUAAAAUUGAAAAGAUUGAAACGGAUAGUUGUGAAGUGAACGCGGUCAACGAACUCCUCAAGUUUGACCAGGAUAAAGUUCCCUCCUUUGGUGGGAGAUCGUCUGUUAACAGGAGGAAAUCUAAAAUUCCGAGGAAAAUGGUGACUGAUUUAGACUAUCAUCCUUUUGAUAGUUCCUCAGAUAGCAACUAAGUCUUUGUGGUGCACGAUAAGCAAUAAACACACUCUACUUGUGUUGUUUCCAAUGGCUGUGGAAGGAGGAAGGCUGCCUCUUUAAUGCUAAUUGUGUCAUUUCUGGUAUUUCCAGAUGAUGGUAAUUAAUUCAUGAUGGUUUAUAAGAUCAGUUGAUAUGCCGCUACCUUAGAAUUACAAAGUUCUAUCUGACAUUUUUGGCCAUUUUGUGGUCACUAAGACUAAGACCAUGAGCUUAGAAACCAUAUUUUCUGUCUACUCUAUCGUCGAAAUCGUUAUAUUCUUGAGAGUCUUUACCGAGAUAUUAUAAGAAUUGCAUUAGAAAAAGUGUGACUUGUAGAACUCAAAAUCUUUAUCUUCAAAUUUCUCAAAAAUAGGUACUGAGCAGAUAGAACUUUGUAAUUCAAGGGUAGCAAUGUUUUGAUGGACAAAUUGAAGGUAAAUUACUCUAGGUUCCCUAAAAAUGAAGUUGAGAAUAAAAAGCAAUGUGGUUUUUCUAAAUUGUACUCAUUCUGUCUCCAGUAAAGUUCGGAUUAGGAAAUUCAACGUUAGUGAUCAGCAUGGGACAUAGAGACAAGUAGAUUAUUUCAUUUCAAGUCUUUUACGUCUUUAUAGAAAUAUUGAUCAGAAGUCGGUUUCUAUUGGAUCUGACUUUUUGUGUGGAAGUGGAGGGCUCUGAAAAGCUGUGAUCAUUUGAAGUCUGUGCAUUCAUGUUUAGUAGAUUUCAACUAACUCAGAAUUCGUUUCUAAUUUUGAAGCACAAAUUAUGUUAUGCUGCACAGUGGAUGCUUCUUAUCAAAGUUAGUCCUCAGUUCUAUAGUUAUGUAUUUUGUGAUAUGGCACUGUCACACUUUGAAACUAUGGAAUGAUCUAUACUAUGUCUCUUGUAUGAUGAUGACAGUAAAAAUGAUUAUUUCUUUUUAUGUGAUUGUGAUUUCCACAUAUCUCAUUUUGCUUUCAGUCUAGAGACAGGUCUGGAAAUCUCUCUACAUCUUGUUGGCAAAGUAAAACGUUGAAUGUACAUUCUUAGGGUAUUGGCGACAAAGAUAUUUUUUCCAAGGUCCAAGUAUUAUUAUAAUUGCCCUUGAAUGCCUGUGGUCACACCAAGAUUUUACUGUAUUUUACUUUCAAACCUGUCCCCGCAGUUUUAUCCCAUAAAAAUUCUUAAAUUAUGCGAUUCUGUUAAUUUUAACAAAGAAUGAUAAAGGAAAAUAAUCAGAAAUUAUGCAAAAAAUGAUCCAAUUUUGCUAAAUUAUGCGGGGUGCAUAAUUAAACACCGGGGCCACUUUCAAACAGAUGUAUCAAGCCAUUAUUAAAAGACUGGAAUAGGGUAGAUUGAUGGUGCUGGUGUGCAGGGGUUGAAGACUAAACUUGUCGAGCAUGUUCAGUGGCUUUGGGAGACCUGGCGUAAUGAAAUUCUCAUGCUUUUGCUUGAAGCUCUCUGUGAUUGAAAUUGGGGUAAUCGGCAAUCAGAUAUUGUAGCCUGGUAUAGUCAUUGUGUGCUUCAGUAAAGAUUAACUGUCUGUAUAUUCUUAGCCUUUGCUUUAUAUAGCAAUUGAUUUUCCCUUUGAUCUCGUCCUUGAGAGAAAUAAUUUUAACUCACAAAAAUACUGCAAAAAUGGCAUGGUUUAAAACCUCCAAAAUUUGUAGUAAAUUAGUGCUAUGUAUGUGAAGUUCAGUAUUGGUACUCAUGAUGAGUUGACAAAAGAAUGCUACAACAGUGAAUGAAUCCCCCCCCCCAAAAAAAAAAACAAACAAAAAAAACCCCACUCAAAAAAACAAACCCCAAAAUGACAAAGAAAUUACGCUAGGUUCUGGAAAUGGAAAAAAUCCAUUGGUGAUUAUAUCAAUGAGAGAAUGAAAUAGGCUUUAGUUGACCAAUUUCUCUGACUCCUUGCCUAUGGCUGUGCUGGACAGCUUACAAUAAGACUAAUGUAGUGAUUUUAUGAAUACCAGCCAAGCCCUAUUUUUAUCAAAAGAUAUCAUUGAUUUUGUAUAUAUUAAUAUUAUCAUAAAUGUAGCAGGUUGCCUGCCUCUAAGUAUUGCGUAUGCUUUUCAUUCUUUUGUGAAAUAAACCACUGUCCUAUUGCAGAUGGCAUUUUUCAUAUUUUCAUAAUUCCCAAUCGUAGAAGAAUUUUGUAUUGUUUGCCAUGACUUUGAGUACGCAUCAGAUUUGUUCAACUUAAAGUUUUGAUUUGGAUCGAAAUAGACAGCAAUGAGAAGCCACUGGUGCAGACUUAAUGUUUUUAGUUGGCUUUAAUUUUAAUCUUGACAGCAGUCUAACAGUGUAGGUAAAUCUUUUAUCGAUUUGUUUAAUUAAGGCUAAGGUAUUUUUCAGUGCUACCUUUUCUUCUAACAGGUAAUAUAUGUAUGAACAAAGUAUUUCAACGUGUAAAUAGUUUCCUCAUUUGUAAGUAUACAUGAUAAUUUACUUCAGUGAAGCUCACAGGCAUCUGAUGUAACGAUUAGGUGCUUUGUUGUAGCAUGCAGGAGACCCGAGUGUGAUUUCUGAGUGGGGAGAAAUUUUUAUUGAGUACCGUAUCUCAGGUUUUUGCUUGGAUGUUGUAUCCCUCUCAGCCUUGUUUGGCCCUAACAGGCAAUGUGGGAAGCCCACCUCCUAUAUGAUCUCUGUGUGUAGAUGGGGCUAUGAAACGUGUGUAUAUUUAAGGAAAAGAAAAUUUGCUUCGGUGAAGCCAGUUGUCAAAAAGUUUGAAAUCGAAUUGUUAAUUCCAACUGACAAAAAUGACUUAAAAAAAAAAAAUCUCGUGUUAAGUCAGUAAAGUGUUAAUUUUGAUGUAACCUGUUUGUAUUGAAUGCCAAAGGCUGAUUAUGUAUUAUUUCUGUUCACUUUGGAAUGUCAUUUUACUUUAAGGUAAACCAACCGACAACACAGCUUUAAGUUUUUUGCAAGGGCAAUGAAGAUGGAUUUUUUAAGUUUAAGCUCGAUGCGGUUUUUAUUGGAACCAUAUAUAGCACUGCUGAUGCCAAAAUGUUUUUUUUAAAGGAAAUAUAUGAUGUUGUCUAAUUCUUUGUUAAGUGGAAUGUAAUUGAUCUUUGAGCCAUUUGGCUCGAAGAAGGGGUUUGUCAAAUUAAAAUGUCAUGUUUAAUGUGUAUUUCUAAAAAUUCAAAAGAUAUGCUUUGUUGGAUUAAAAGGCUGGUAGAGGUGGAGUUGAAAAUAAUUACACUUGUUGGUAUUCCUUCUGCUUGGACAAUGACCCCCACUUAUUGCAACAGGGGUGUCAACUGUGUAGAUUUUGUGCCAUGAAAGAUUUGAUCUUAGUCAUUCUACUCUUUUUUUGAGAGCAAUGUUUUUGUUUACAAACAAGAGUCACACAAAGAUUGAUAAAGUUUACAUAUUGUAAAGGAUAAAAAACGUAACUGUUCAUCUGAACUGUGUUAUUGUGUGUGAAUAUGUGUGCAUUUAUGUGUCUGAUUUCCCGUGCAGUGGACUUUGUUUAAAAUGAAAUUUGGUUAGUUUUCUAAAUUUAUUAAUGAUGCCUUAAAAAAAAAAAAACCAUG